AUGGAGGUCGACAGGACUCCCUCCGUAUCAACGGCAGUUACAAAUCCCCGUUUUGUGCUGUUAGAGGAAGACAAAAUUGGAUUCAAUCUAACAAAUGUGACUAGAGGCGACGACGGGGAUUACAAGUGUAUUGUGAACCUGCGAAGCACCAGUGUCCGCGUGAAGAAGAAAGGGACGUUAAACGUUACAGAACCAGAAUGCCUGCGAGUAAAGAGAGCAUCAGAUGCGGGUGAACAGAAAUGCACUUGUAAUAAACCGCCUCCUGAAUCUGGUGAAGACGAACAACGUCCUGCGACUGAUUCUUCUGGAACUGCUAACCCUGUUGCCGUUGCUGUCCCUGUUGUCAUCGUCAUCGUCAUCGCAGCCGUUGCUGUUGUGGUUUUCAGGAAGAAAUGCAAAUCCACUGGUGAAAAUCAGAAUGUUCGCUCAGAAGUGGAAAAUGGUAUGGUAUCCCAAGGCCUGACGCAACAAGAGGAUAGUGCAGUUUAACCAGACCAACAAAGGUGAACGGAUGCACUUCAUUCGAACAAGUUAGAUCCCCCUGCUUUGUGGCAAUUGGCAACAUACACUUACCUCUAUAUGCAAAUGAUUGGUGCUAACGCGGAAAUCGUGGAAGAUUUUUCAGAAUUUAGUUUUUUUAUCCCCAGCAACGCGU